AUGGUCUACGCAUUCACCCUUCCAACGACCUCUCCCCUCUCAUUCCAAACAUUCAUAUCCUCGUCCACACACCCCUCACUCCCACAAUCUGCAUCCACAGCCCGCCAUGCCCUCCGCCUCGCCCUCAAAGCCCACAAACGUCUACCCCGCGGCCCGCGACAAGACGCCCAUCUCCCAACCGUUCUCUCCGCUCUAAACGAAUACAUACCAUAUCUAUUCGCCAUCUCCCACGGCCUCUCCGGCCAAUCUACCCAGAAUGACCCCUCAAUCUCUAGCACGGGCAUAAGCGCCAGAGAAAAGAUCGAGGUAACGCUCCGCGCCGAGAUCGAGUCCGCAUGGAAACCAACUCUCUCCGCCAGCAGCGGCCUCAAUCUACACGCACCCACCACCACACCAGGCGCGAAAUCUAUCCGGCCACGAGGCGGUCGUAUCUCAGGCCAGGGACUUGAUUUUGAAAUCGCAUUCACGCUAACAACGCUGGGCUAUGUGCUAAGUCGACUCGCGCGCGCUGGAGUCCUGGAAUCACUCUAUGCCCCAACAACCCAAUCGCACGAGCAGCGCACAGCCGCGGUCCAAAACGCGACGCGGAAUCUACUCCAAGCAAGCUCGGUACAUGCUCUACUUGCCUCGUCGCCUGCCUUUUCUGCCGCAACGACGGCCACGGUGCCUGAUAUUGAUGCGAGUACGCAAUCGGCCUUGUCGGCACUGGCUCUGUCUGAAGCGACGUUACUGGCUGUUUUGAAGGAUGAUGCGUAUGUUACUGCGUGUAUUCAGUCGCGCAAUCCGAAUGACCGGGAGUGGAUGGUGCGGGCGCCUGAGAUUCCCAAGGUUCGCGCGCUGCUGUUUGCGAGACUGUGUGUUCGCGCGGCGGAGUAUGCAGAGCAGGCUGCUGCAGGGUUGAGUGCGGCUGGAUCUGGGGCUGGGAGGAUGGGUAGGGUUGAUGAGGAGGUUACUCGGUAUGCGGGUAUUUUGGGACGUGUUGCUCGAGCCCGGGCGUGUCGAUUUUUCGGUAUUGAUGCUGAGUUGGCUGGGAAGGUUGGGGAGGGCAUUGCGUGGUUGCGGGCUGCGAGGACGCCUUUGGGUUUGCGGGGUGGUGCGGGAUCAUCCUCGUCGGGUCAGGAUGAUGGUAGUGGAACGGGCAAGGGUGGUUUCUCAAGAUUGAAACGCGAAUGGGCGGAGCGGAGAGAGGAGAAGAAACUUGGUAAAGAUGCUGGUGGAGGACGUGGUGAUAAAGGUGUUUUGGACCCGGGUGACGAUGCAGGCCGUGACGAGGAGGGUCGAGUGAUUGCAAUGUUGGAGACGAAGUGGAUGAAGAUGAAUGACACCAUCAAUACGCAAGCGAUCCCUCCGUCUGCUCCAUUGCUGGCGAAUCUCCCGUCAGGUCGAGAUAUUCACACGCCCCCUGCACCGUAUAAGGCGGCCUCUUUGGACGAGGAUCAGCUGGUUCGAAUGCGGGCUCUGCCGGAUGAAAGCGUGAAUAUGCGCUUUGGAAGUGAUCCAGAUGACAGCGAAGAGGAAGCUGUGACGGCUGGCGGCCCGACGGCACCUGGUGCAUUCCCUGAUCGUAGUCAGACUGCUUCGAAUGUGUACUACUGA